AUGAAUAUCAGGAGCUCAAAAAAAGUAAAAGAUUAUAAAGGAUUCAUUUCCUUUCAUUAUGCAAUACAUAAUAAUAAUCAAGAAACAGCUGAGCUUCUUAUUUCCCACGGUGCAAAUAUCAAUGAAAAAGAUAAUGAUGGAAAUACCACUCUUCAUUAUACAGCAAUUAAUAAUUGUCAAGAAAUAGCCAAACUUCUUAUUUCAGCUAGUUUAAAUAUCAAUGAAAAAAAUAAAUAUGGAAAGACCGCUCUUCAUUUUGCAGCACAAAAAAAUAAUAAAGAAAUGGCUGAAUUCCUUAUAUCACAUGGUGCAAAUAUAAAUGAACUAAAUAAUGAAGGAAAAACAGCUUUUCAAUAUGCAGCAUAUUUUAAUAGUAAAGAUGUAGCUGAAUUUCUCAUUUCUCUCGGUGCGAAUGUCAAUGAAAAAAAUAAGCAUGGAUACACAGUUCUUCAUUAUGCAUCAGAAAGAAAUAGUAAAGAAACUGUCGAUAUUCUUCUUUCCCACGGCGCAAAUAUCAAUGAAACAGAUAAAUAUGGAUAUACAGCUCUUCAUUAUGCAGCAUAUUAUAAUAGUAAAGAAACAGCUGAACUUCUUAUUUCGUAUGGUAUAAAUAUCAAUGAAACAGAUAAAUAUGGAAAGACCGCUCUUCAAAUUGCAACAGAAAAAAAUAAUAAAAGAAUAGCUCAACUUCUUAUUUUACAUGGUGCUGAAAAUUAA